AUGAUGGACCAGGUGUCGAGCUGGUCGGCGAGUGUGACAGAGGCCUUGGCCAACAAGGACUAUGCAGCCUCAGCUUGGGGUGGCUUUGAGACAUAUAUGAACUCUUUCGAUCAAGGUCUCCUUGCGUUGGCGGCACUGGUGAUAGGUGCGAGCUUCGUCGCGCGUGGCUUUGCCAUCAUGAAGCCCUUGAGUGUGCUCACUUUUGCCGGUGGACUUGCUGCGCACACUAGCAUAGUAGCGCUGCAUGAAGGACAAGGCCUUGCAGGCGGCGUAUCGGCCAUCGUAGUUGGCCUGUGUGGUGUGAUCUUCGCACAUCGAGUUUAUCCGCUCUUUGUCUUCUUCCUUGGAUGCGUGCUCGGAGGCGGUGCCACUUUCCUCUGCCGGAGCUCCCUUGGCUUGGCCGGUACUCCUACCGCUCUGAUCGGCUUGAUGAUGCUCCUCUCGGUCUUUGCUGGCCUGGUCAGAAUCCAAGAAAAGGGUCAGAAGUGCGAGUCUGCGCCGUCAAUCCGGAUCACGGACUUUGGCGCAGUGGCUAAGUGCUUGCAGUCAUUUUGUGGAGUGUGGCGAGCGUACUUUCUACCCACGGAGGACGUAUGGGACUCCAUCCACGAACGUGGAAAAGGGCUGGCUGGAGGAAUCUGGGGGUACAACCAAAGCAAGCUUGAAAACUACACGAUGAUGAGAUACUUGUACGAGAAGCCCUACGAGUCCAUUUGGGAUGUUUCGUGCAAUGUUGGUUUUAUGCUGGCCAGCUUGUUGAAGAGGCAUCCCGGAGCAAAGCACUACGGUACAGACAUCAGCAAUGUCAUGGUUGCGGCGACCCGUGAGAACUGUCCCAGCUGUAUUGCGACACAGUUCGACCUGGGCAACCUAGUGAAUCCCGCUGUCUCCCCGCAAGAUGUGGUGUAUUCAGCAUGGCAUCAAGAAGAUGCUCCGCGCUUCUUUGAUGUAAUCCUGGUCUCUGAUGUCCUCCUGUUUAUACGCUGGGGUGGGAUACCCCCUAUCUUGCUGCGAUGCAGCUGCUGCUGCUCCAUGUUUCGGAAAUGGGCCCUGCCAUCGCAGCGCACUUUCAUCAAGAACAUUGCCAGCCUGGCAAGGGAUGAGGUGGUUUUCUCAUACAACCAGGGCAACAUCAUUGUUUCGACCAUGAUGCAAGAGCUUGGAAUCGAGUUUGAUAAAAAGCACUCCAUCUACAAGGCGCGCCGCGCCACCCUCCAGGGUGAAGUCAAGAGACAGGCCGGCGAGGCGAACUGGCUGGAUUUUGCGAAGAUCUCCCUCUAUCCAGCCGAUGUGGUUUCCGACCCGCUUGAACUCUUCUUUGUGGUAGCCUGGGGCAUUGCGUCUUGCUUGGGAUGGUAUGCACAGCUCUUCGCCGUCGCUGCCGGGGUGGAUCCAUUGGCCUUGCCGGACAGCGCGGCCUUCCGCUUGAAACAGCUGGAGAAGUAUUUGCCGUGGUUCUUCGACAAUGGCCAGGAGUUCGCAACCAAGAUCCUGCCACAAAGGCUAUCACAGGAAAGUAUGCCAUUCCUGCCGAAAGAGGAAGUGGAGAUGGAUGAUCUUUCGGAGAAGACACCGAACUACAAGCCAGAAGGGGUGCUUGCGGCAAUGGUGUUCAGUGUGCUGCUGCUCAAUUUUUUCAUGCUCGGAAAGCCGCUGCUGUUCUUGGGCCACGUGGUGCUGAUGGCCGCGGCCUUCCAAGCUUUCCUGACCGCCGGUCUUAUGAGCUACGCAUCACCGAACCGGAUGUUGCCUGGGCUUUCGGGAUCCAAUUCGCCUCUGCUGCGCCACUUCACGCAUGCAACGUUCAACAUUUUGGUGCUCUUCUGCUCUAUCGGUGGCUUUCUCUGCAUGUACGGGAGCCGCUUCCUGGCCCACAAGACCCCUGCUCCCCUGUCGAAGUCCUCUUGGAUCGGGACUCUGCACGUGUGGACGGGAUAUGUCACACUGGCGCUGCUCUUUGUGAUGACAUUCUCGGGAGCUGCCAAGAUGUUUGCAGGACUUACAUCCGGCAGUGCUGAUGAUGUGGCGAAAUUCCAUUCGCACUUGGGCAAAACCCUUUAUGGUUUUGCGGGGGUCAGUCAGGUCCUGGGCUACUUCAUGCCGGAGCUACUGCCACUCUGGGGGUCUCUUCUGCUCUCUGUGAUCCUCAUCGCCUCGACAUCAGCCACGAUCUUCUUCCUGAACGGUCGCAGUCCUGAAGUCGUCAAGCGCAUGAAGAGGUUCGACAACGGAUCCAACGAGGUGCAGGUUUCCUGGGAGCCAGCUCGGGAGGCCUCCUUGAAAGUGGCCAUGCCCACCUACCGUCCGGCCAUCUCCAGCGCAGCAACGACACGGAUCGAGAGCUUGCGGACCAUCACGCGGCGCAAUUCCUCCAUCACUAGCAUGGGGGCAGGUGUAUUGACAGGACUGGUCGGACGACGCAGCAGCCGGACCAAGAGUUUCGACUGGGAUGCCGUUCUGGAAGCCUUCGAGGUCCAGGAUCGAAAGGCCACCGCGGCGCUGUACUUCACGCACUGGCACAGGCAGACUCAGUCCAGCAUGAUUGCCAAAGCGCAAGCUGAGCUCCAGGGUUCCAACAACCUGGUGAACUUCCUCUCCUCGGCGCUCGCAACUUGA